ACAAACGGUUGAAGUUUUACAGCAGCCGAGUUGUACAAAGAAAACAAUCGACCGGUUUUUAAUACCGUCAUGGCUUUACCGUUUCUACCCGGAAAUUCUUUCAAUAAACACCUGGGGAAGGAGAGAUUCCACAAGUCCCAACAUUUUGACUAUUCCAAUGGAGUCCCAAUGCUGGUGGGAUCGGAGAAGCCAGGCAUCGGAGGAGAGCUUUUGGUCGGCCAGAAGAUUAAAGCAAAAUAUUCUGUCUACCCCAAAGGACAAGGCAGUGAUUCACCAUCAUGGGUAGCCUUUGACAAACAGGCUUUGUGUUUUGAGGCAUACUUUCAGGAAGCUGUGCCUGAGGCACGGGAUGAGACGUACAGAAUCAGAAAGUGUAACAUCUUCUUCUUCCUGGAAGAUGAUACCAUACAGGUGGUGGAGCCAGAGUACAAGAACAGUGGCAUCCCUCAAGGAACACUGAUUCGCCGCCACCGCAUCCCACUGCCUCCACCAGAUGAUGACCAGUUCUACAACAUUUCCCAUUUCAACAUCAACCAACAGAUGGUGCUGUACUCCCGCACGUUCACUGUGACCAGCUGUGACUCUUUUACAAGGAACUUUCUCACAAAGCUCGGGGUGCACCUAAAUGACCCCACAACUGUACCCGAUGACCCCUACAGCAACCUCCGGGAGCAGGCUGAGAAAAAUAUGAAGCCACUGCGGCCGUACGAGAGGCGUGACACGCUGAAACAGUUCCUGGACCACGACCGCAAAGUCCUGCGCUUCUACUGCUUCUGGGACGCCACAGAGAGCACAUUCGGCGACCCUCGGGAGCUCAUACUGCACUACUACCUGGCCGAUGACACCAUCGAGAUCCGAGAAGUGAUCACCCCAAACUCUGGGAGGGACAGCAUCCCCAAAUUCUUGCGCCGCAGCAAACUGCCUAAGCACCCUGCGGACCAGAUCAAGCAGCCCGGACAGACCGCAGAGCGCACUGUGCUCAACGUGUUUGCCUCCCCGAAUCAAGGGAAAUGCUACAUACUGGACAGCAUCAAAACAGGAGCUGUCCAGGAGGAGUUUUAUAAGGACUGUGAUCUGACUGUAGGCGGGGAGAUGAAUGUGUUUGGCAGGAGAGUCAUCAUCGCCGACUGUGACAACUUCACCAGAGACUAUUACCGCUCCAAAUAUGGCAUAGAGGACUUCACCCCAGUGCAGUACAAAGCUUCCCCAGCCCCUAAGCCCCGGAGGCUUGUGCCCCCCUACAAUGGCUUUGGCUCAGAAGAGGAUUCGCUAAGCUCCUGCCAGGGCCUGCUGCCCAAGCCCCCACAGAAAGACUUCAAAAAAUUUAUGGCGAAAGACAGAUGUGGCCUAGACAGCAAUGUGCUCAGUUUCCGAGCCAAGAUGGUGACCACCGAUCCGGUUGACAGAGAGAGGGUGUUCAUCAUCUCCUUCUACCUCUGUGAUGACUCCAUCAGUGUGUUUGAACACCCCCAGAAGAACUCAGGGGUGCUUAGUGGUAAGUUUCUGGAGCGCGGCCGUGUGAAGAAGCCAGGCCAGGAGCUGUUCAAGAGCGAGCUGUCCCAGUACUUCAAAGCUCAGGAUCUGUACGUGGGAGCGACUCUCUGCAUCAACAACAAGAACUUCCAACUUCUGGAUGCUGAUGAAUACACCCUCCGUUACAUGGAGAAACAUGCUGAGGAGUUCCCCAAAGCCAACAUAGGAAACAUCUUCAGUAAACUACGCUCCAUCCCGGAGGAGGGACAGAGUGAGAUCAGGAAGUUUCUGACUCUCAGUGACCCCAGCAACACUGGCCUCAUCCCCUACGAGGCGUUCAGGAGUCUGCUGACGGGCCUGGACUGCAGACUGUCGGAGCACGAGGUGCUGGUGCUGGGCCGGCGUUUCUCACGGCGGGAGCAGCCCGAGGUGGACGUGGGCCUGAUGCUGGCCGUGGCCCAGGACCUCCUCAAAAAGAAGCACUUUGAAGAGCUCCCCGACAUGACCAGAGCCUUCACUUACCACGACCGACACAAAACUGGACGUCUCUCCGCCAAAGAGACAAGGACCAUCUGUAAGGCCUUCCGACUCCCCCUGCCUGAGAACCUGCUCGGAGGUCUGCUCGACAAGUUUGCAGAUGGAGACGAGAUUGACUACCACGCCCUCCUUGCUGGCAUUAACUGGGUGGAGCACCCCGCUCCCCCAGUAAUGGCCGAAGACAUCUUAAAGUUUGACGUGAGCGCGAGGUUCGACGCCGGCGAGGCUGCGGUGAAAAACAUCAACUACUCUGCUCUCCUGGAGGACGUAUUCUGCUUUCCCUCCAACCGCGGUGACCCGACAGCCGGCACCGCUACAGAGACACACGGUGGGAGGUGAAACGUUGCCCUACAGACCUACACCACAAACACAACCCCGCUCCUUAAUUAAAGAACACGACA